AUGUUGUUGUUGCUGCUGGACGCUGGGAGACGGGUCGAGGCUCGAGGCGGCACCGGGCUCACGGGCUCCAAACACGACGACUCUCCGCGGAACGAUGUCGGUGAACAUGGACGAGCUGCGGCGCCAGGUCAUGAUCAACCAGUUCGUGCUGACGGCGGCAUGCGCGGCGGACCAGGCGAAGCAGCUCCUGCAAGCGGCCCACUGGCAGUUUGAGACGGCGCUCAGCUCCUUCUUCCAGGAGGCCAACAUCCCCGGUCACCACCACCAGAUGAUGUGCACUCCCAGGAACACGCCCGCCACGCCGCCAAACUUCCCGGACGCCAUCACCAUGUUCUCCAAGCUGCGUGCGUCCGACUGUGGCUCCUCCUCCUCCCCCCCGGCCUCCUCCUCCUCCUCCUUCUGGGCCUCCUCGCCGCCCGGCCACCAGCCGGCCUGGCUGUCCCCGUCGUCGCCCACGGGCCACCACUUCCACAUGCCACAGACGCCCACGUGGCCCCCCGGAGCCGCCCAGACCCCCGGAGCCCAGCAGGCCCCCGUCGUGUCUGCGCUGCACGGCCAGAGAUGAGGGGGGGGGGGGUCAUGUGGGUGGAAGUGGAAAAAAAGACUGUUUUUCUAAACUGAAGACUCAGCAAGAGACUCUUCCUCAUCAGGGGUCAUACGAGCUGAGGAAGAGCAGUGAGGAUGACAUCAUGACUGCUCUUCAUCAUCUGUUCAAACACAGCAGAGCCAUCACGAACUGGAGAGGAAGUCAGCUGGAGGGCUGGGGGCCUCAGGUUGGGGGCCUCGGGUAGAGGCGGAGUCAUGAGGUCACUUCCUGUUCCAGCCUCCAUCAUAGAGGCGGAGUCAUGAGGUCACUUCCUGUUCCAGCCUCUACUUUAUCAGCUCUGACAAACUAAGUGAAACUACAACUUAUUUUUGUGAGCACACAAAGAAACUACAGCUCCCAUGUAAAAGCACAGGAGCGCCCUGUGGGCUUCUGGGAAAUGGAGUCCAACGACGGCAGCUGGGAACAGAACGAUGGACUCCAACAAUAGAAGGCGGUGAAUGUAAAUCAUUUCUCCUGAAUGUUAUGACGGUUCUGUUCAUCUGUUUGUUGGUUUAGCCUUAAACAUUUUUUUAUAUUUUCACUAAAGUUAUAUUCACAAGUUUACUUUAUAAAACAUAAAGUAAUUUAUUCAACUCGUUCAAAGCGUCAUUAAACAGGUUAAAGAUGAUAACGCUGUUUUAUAUCUUUUAUAUAAUAACAUCUGACUGCUCCCGUCCUGAAACACUUUGUGGCAGCAGAUGAAAUAUGAGUCCUCAGAGAGAGAGAGACACACAGAGAGAGAGAGGGAAGAGAAAAGAGAAUUAUCAGAGGUUUUGUUAUCGAUCAGUUCAGAGUUUGAACAUUUGUUAUUUUACUCAUUUUGUACAUAAAGACUCGAGAAACCA